CUCUGCCUGGUAUACUGCCUGGUAUACUGUCUGGCGAGUCCAUACUGUCUGGCGAGUCCAUACUGCCUGAUAUACUGUCUGGUAUACUGCCUGGUAUACUGCCUGGUAUACUGUCUGGCGAGUCUAUACUGUCUGGCGAGUCCAUACUGCCUGAUAUACUGUCUGGUAUACUGUGGCGAGUCCAUACUGCCUGAUAUACUGUCUGGUAUACUGCCUGGUAUACUGUCUGGCGAGUCUAUACUGUCUGGUGAGUCCAUACUGCCUGAUAUACUGUCUGAUUUGACUAUGGCGAAUGCUACUACAGAUGAUUUGUACGAGUACGAUGCUCCAAAGCUUUACUUUGACUUUAACGAACGAGAGAAUAUUGAGGUUGACGAGUCUUAUUUUGAUCGCUCUACAAGUCCUAAAACAAUGGAGGAUGGUGAGAAAGGACUUCUUCAGAAGGAGCCAGAUUCACAAAGUCCCUCUUCACUUGGCGUCACUGUGGAAACCUCAAAUCCCAACGUGGAGACACCAAGAAGACAGCGUACUUCUGCUGUUGCAGAUUCUUCAAACAAAGAAAACAGAAGUAGCUUGAAGAAAUCUGGUAAACGAAACAGCCUUUCGGUCCUGUCAUCAGGUGUUGGUGUAAGGCAGUCUCCCAGGCUUGCUGCAAUUGCUAAGGUACAAAAUCCUCCAGUCUUCUGUACUUCUAAGGCAAUUCGCAGAAGCAGUGCUGCUAGACUGUCGCUUCGUAAAUCUAGCAGUUCCCAUAAUUUCAAAGUGAACAAAGUUCAGAAAAAUAAGGCUAAUCAUAAAUCAUCUGCACCAAGAACUGGAGUGAAAGGCUUAAGCCCACAAGAUCAAAAAGAUUUGAAAGUGAUUGCAGUGUUCAGACAAAAAAUGGCUGAAAACAAGAAGAAAUGUGACCCUGUUACUUCAGGAGUGGGAAAGUCCACAAAACUGGGUCCAACUAAACCUCAAGAGUUUCACUUUGCUACAGAUAGUAGAUUAAGAAACCCCAAGAAGAAUGAACCUGAAAAAGAAACUAAAGAAUGUUCCUCAAAGUCUGCUAAACUUGAACCUACAGUACCUAAAGAAUUCCAUUUUGCCACUGAUAGCCGCAUAAAGAAUCAAGUAAUCACAGAUGAGAGUGAAGCUAAGGAUUUCACAAGAUCUCUGCGUUCUGGGGCUUCAGCAGAUAACACAGAAGCAAAGAAGGGGCCAACAAUUCCUCAGCCAUUUAAAUUAACGGAGACUCGAAAAGGAAAGACUGAGGAUGGUACCAAAUUUGUUUCUAUUGCCGAGCUGAACCUCAAAUUCCACACGAAGACACCUCAAAGAUUCCGUAGCAAAAGAGCUGGAAGUCAUGAUGACUUGAAUCUAGAAGGGAAGAAGAAAAAUAAUCUUGGCGUGACUAUUCCACACACUCCAAACCUAUGCACUCGUAGUCGUUCUCGGCAAGUAAAUUAUCCAACUCGUGAAGAGAUGGAAGAAAAAGAAUUUGAAGAGGCCCAAAGGCAUGCCUUUAAGGCACAUCCUAUUAACAAAAAAGUAUUGGAGGCUCCUGCAGGUUAUCAAGUAGAGAAGAAAAAUCCAACAGUUCCAGAACCAUUUGAUAUCACAGAUUCAAAGAAAGCUCAGAAACCACUUAGUUUCAAGUUUCAAGAAAUGUGUGAUAAAUUAGGAGAGUCCAGUUUGUCACUUGCUUCCCUUCCACAUGGUGGCAUUCCAAGCAAAUGGGACAAAACUUCUACAAAAAUACAGCCAUUUAGUUUUGACUUGCGUGAUAAAACUAAAGAACAGCUGAAGCAAGAAAAGAUUCAAAAGGUUUUAGAAGAGGAGAAGCAGCUUGCAGAAUUUCAUGCCCAUCCAAUGCCUAUAUUUGAUGGAGGAGUCCGUGGUGUGCCUCCCAAGAAGCCUCCAACCCCCACAAGACCUGAACCAUUUGCUCUGAAAGUUGACGAGCGUGGUGCAGCUAAGAAAGAGCAGUAUCAUAAGCAUUUGGAGGAAGAAGCCCAACAAGAAAAGAAACUUAGAGAGUUUCAUGCUCGUUCUGAUGCAGUCUUGCACAAGCAACCAUUUAUUCCUGACAAAUCCAAGAAACCACUUACUGAUGUUUCAGGAUUUACUCUAAAUACUGAAGUGAGAGCUGUAGACAGAAAUGAAUACGAGUUACAUCGCAAAAGGAAGGAAGAUGAAAUACUGGCUGCAAAGAGAGAGAGAGAGGAGAGACAGGCUGCUGAAGAAUUAGAAGAAAUAGCCAGACUCCGUCGAGAGGCUGUGCACAAGGCAAAUCCUGUUCGUAAAUACAAACCUGUAGUAAUUGAUCACACUCAGAACCUCCCUACUAUUCCCAUUUCUCCUAAUUUUGCAACAGAGCAGCGACUAAAAUCAAGAUCCAAGGCAAACUCUGCAAAUUCAACCCUUUCAUCUGCAACUUUUAUGGCAGAAUAGAGGACAAAGUUUUUGUUUUUAUUUAAUUUUUUUUUUUUUUUUACAUUUACACAAGCUACUUGCAUAGCAGACGAACCUUAGUUUGUAAAGGUUUAUUUGUUUAUAAAUAGUUCAUAGCUCAUCCUGUUCAUGUAUAGUGAAAUGUAAUAAAUAUUUUUGCAUUAGGAUUUUAGUUUUAAUAUUUUUUGUGUAUUUGAUAGUAACUUGUAUUUUAAAUUUUAUUUUCCCUCUUUUACACAGUAGUCUCCUACCAGUACAAGGGUCAAGCUAUUUUCUGCCUCAAAAAAUUGUGAAAGAUAAUCAUGUUCAGAUGGUUGUUUUUAAUUACUUUGUGCCAGUUGCAUAGGAAUUCAUUUAACUAGGUUUUAAUUUGGCAUUGUUUGAAUGUUAAUAUCCUUUUUUCCUGACCAAAGAUGUUAAGCAUGAAACUAGUAUUAUAAAUGUGAGAGGCACAACUUGUAUGGCAGUAGCAUGUCAGUAAGGUCAGGUGAACCAGAUCAUAUGGCAUAUGUAUAGAAGAUAAUCACUGGUUUCCAAGUAGCUGAUUUUUCAGUAUUGAUAAAUUUGUGUUUCAUUAUUUGCAGAUUCUAUAAAGUUGCACAAGUUUUGGGUUUCUGCACAUUUAUACUCUUGGCACAAAGGUCUUUGCCUGAUUUUCCUAUUUUUUGGCACUGAAAAAAGUAAGAUUUACUGAUUAUAUAGGACCAAUGUUAUGUAAAUGAUAAGUGUUGUAUGGUAGUAUUGUCAGUAGCAGUUAUUUAAUACAAUAAUACUGAUUUUGUUACAUAGGGUCUUCUUUUUAUCUGUCUUUCAAUGUGAUUUUUCUUGUGUGGUCACAUCUUAUAAAGAGACAAAAUAAAUCUUAUAUUUUAAUAUUUUAUAAGUGCUGGUUUUUCAUAAACUAAACUACUGUUAGUUUUAUAAAUAUUUUUCUGAAUAAAUACCAUUGUAUAUAA